AUGUGGAUGCAAGAAAUGGAGAAAAUUCUUGCUUUUUUGAAUUGUACCGAGGAGCAUAAAGUCCUCUUCACCACCUUCAAAUUGGCUGGAGAAGCUAAACGGUGGUGGCAUGCAAUGAAAUUACUAAAGGAACAACGAGCAGUGCCUAUAGAAAUGACCUGGGGUCGCUUCAAGCAGGUCUUCUACGAUCGAUACUUUCCUACCACCAUCAAAAAUGCAAAGGCUGAAGAAUUCUUCAGCUUGACUCAGGGGCGCCUCACUAUUCAGCAGUACGCUACUAAAUUUAUGGAGUUAUCUCAUUUUGCACCUUCUGUGGUUCCUGAUGAAUAUCAGAAGGCAAGGUGGUUUGAGAGGAGCCUGAAUCAGAGGAUCCACGAGCAUAUGGCGUGUUUACAAAUUCAGGAUUUCAUGGAGUUGGUGGAGAAGGCUAUGGUGGCAAAGUCAAGUUUGCAAAGGGGUACGGAGGCAUCAAAACUAAGGAAGAGGCCUUCGUCUCCAUGA